AUGACGAACACGGAAACCCCCCUCCAGCCGAGCCACAACGACGGCCCUUCUCAAGUUGAAGUCCCCGCUCAGCCAUCAGAAACAGACCUCGCCUUCGACAGAAACCUCCCUCCUUCUGGCACAGAAUGGACAUUAACGAUAGGCGCCAGCAGUGCUAGCUCAAACCCGCCUCUCUCGAAUAAGGAUCUUGCAUCACAAGCCAAGGUCGCCAUCCCUCGUCAACGGGCCGGAGUUGCCCCGCGUUACAAUCGACGGGUGCCUCGCGCUUGUGAAUCCUGCAGGCAACGCAAAACGAAAUGCAGUGGCGAUACUCCGGUCUGUCGCCAGUGUCGUGAGCUGAGAGUUGCGUGCAAGUAUCCCCAGGGAUGGCGAGAGAAAACGAAAAAACAAGUUGAGGACCUAUCAGAGAAAGUGCAGGAAUACGAGAACAUGUUGAAAGAGCUGGGUAGUACGGUAGAGAAUCGUGCCGCUGAGCGGAUCAGGAGCUUGCUGGACAAGCAUGGUACGGAAGCGGGUUAUUCGUCACAUACCACCCAGUCUCAAUCGGCGACUCCUCAGGAUGAUAUCCCGGAAAACGACGAGCCCUCCUCGCCUUCCUCUAUUGGGUCUCUUGAUGCGAUCGAUCGAGUCGAAGAGGAUCUCAAUCGAUCAGAACAUACCAGAGCGACCGGCUAUAUGGGAAAGAACUCAGAAAUAACGUGGAUGCAACGGCUGCAGAGGGAGGCAGGCCAACGAGCCCAAGGUCUCCCGGGGACCUUGGAGCCUGGCCAAAACUCGAGAUUCGACGAUGCAUUAUCUCUCCAUGCGGUCAAUUACCAUCUCGAUGACUUGGAUAUAUCUGUACCUGGACCGGUACAGUUGUAUUCCAUGCCUCCUCGGGAGCUGGCGGAUCAGAUGUAUGAGACUUAUCUGGUCACGGUACAUCCGUUCUUCCCCAUAAUCAACAAACCUCUCUUCACCGCACAGUAUCGGACAUUCUUUGACAGUGCCGCUCAACCAGGAGACAAGUGGCUUGCCAUUCUGAACAUGAUUUUCGCAAUCGGGGCCAAACAUAGCCAUCUCAUCGAAGCACCAUGGCGCGGGAACGAGAAGGACCAUUUGGUAUACCUGACCCGAGCUAGGAUUCUCAGUAUGAACGGCGACGUUCUGUUCAGCCACCCUGAUCUUCAACAAGUUCAAGUGGAGGCUUUGAUUGCCUUCUAUCUUCUUUCUGCCGAUCAAAUAAAUCGGGCAUGGAGAAUUUCGGCUUUAGCCGUCCGUUCUGCAAUCACACUUGGAAUCAACAUGAAGAGCAGCAGUCCAACCACGCCUGAUCUUUCAAAAGAAGCCCGUUACCGGGUUUGGUGGUGUCUCUAUAACUUUGAGCACAUGCUCGGGAUAAUGACUGGCCGGUCAACGUGUAUCCAGGACGGAGUGUGCACUUCGCCUUUCCCAAUCCCAUUCGACGAAGACCAGCUGCAAGAGCCAGGUGCGGUCGAAGUACUUACAGAUGCGACCCUUCGAGAUGAAAGAAUCAACAACGUAAUGGCAAGUGCCUGCAUCCGACAAAUGCCGCUCAACCCGGCAAACGGCAAGGAGGCGGCACAUCACACUCGAGCACGGGAUACCACAUGGAUCAAAAGCCUGCCAGUCAACUACGGCCUCUGCUAUCUAUACUAUUGCGACCUAACAGUCGUCGCCCAAGAAAUCGUCAACAAAGUCUACUCAGUAGACUGUGUAAUGGUCCCAUGGGCCCACAUCGAGAACCGCAUCGGCGAACUCAGAUCCCGAAUCGAGAUGUGGCGAGCCAGCCUCCCCAGCGGACUCGACUUCACAGACAAAAGGGACGACACGCCCGAGGUUCUACGCUGCAAACUGACCCUAGCGCUACAUUAUUACAGCGCACGAAUCACCCUCGGCCGUCCCUGUCUCUGCCGACGCGACGCCCGCCAAAAGGGCCCAACCCCAUCUUUCAGCCACGAAAUGGCAGUAAUAACCCUCGAGUCGGCAUGCCGCAUGCUAGAUCUCAUCCCCGACGAACCCGACGCCCUACAACUAUACCAGAUCACUCCGUGGUGGUGCAUCCUCCACUACCUAAUGCAGGCAGCAACCGUCGUCCUCCUCGAACUCUCCUUUGGCACCGUCCACAUGCCAGACGAAGAAACGAACUUCGUCAGAUUAGCGAAAAAAGCAACCCGCUGGUUCUUCGCAAUGUCCGAACGCAGCAUCGCCUCCCGUCGCGCCUGGCAGCUUUGCGACCUCGGUCUCCGUAAGCUCGCCCAGGGCAUGAAAUACGACGUCAGCGACAUGCCUUCUUACCCGUACCACCCCGAGCCGACAACUACCGUCGGCUCAGAGAAGCAGCCUGAACAGCUCGGAGGUUCCCAGGCUAAUGAUUUCUGGGGCUCGUAUUUGGAACAUAUGUCUGCGCCUGUUCCUGAGGUACCCGGUGAAGACCACUAUACUUAUCCGGAUCUGACGACGGCGGAUAUGAUGACUUCGAUGACUGCCGAGGCGCAGGAUGAGUAUUUCCCCUAUGAUCCUAUCAGUGGGCAGUUCAUGAAGUCUUUUUUCCCCCAUUCUAGUGAGAAUGAGAAUUGGGAGCUGUGA